AUGGUUGGUAGCAUGGUAAAAUUGCCUGAGGACGAGGAUACUCCCGAGAAACGAGUUCAAAAGAUCUUUGACUUGAUGGAUUUGGCAAAUAUUAUCAGACAGUAUAACGAUGGAGAGUUGACAACGACAACUGCUCAACUGGCUGCGAUCUGUGCUCGCAUGAACGAGGAGCACCAGAAAAAGCUUGAAGAGAAGGUCAAGCGCAUAAACCAUAUGAUGGAGCAACCGGCUCCUAUGGAUCUAGAUGUUCGUCAGCAGCUUGGGAGAGCUUUCAGACGCGAGAUCAUGUCGGUUAACCACCGUGCUAGCGUGGCCAUAGGAUGGAAUGUCGGCACGCUCAUGUCUCCCCAGUUUGAGACCGAUUGGAUGCUUACUACACCUAUAGUCUCAUAUAGCCCUCGUUUGACCAGAAAGCCUACCAAAAAGAAAAGCACGGUUAAGGACCUCAUGGUUGAACUCUGUAACAACGAAGUCGACAAAGUUUCCGUGGAAAGGUUUCAAGAGGGUGUCAGACGGUGGCAUAAUUCGCUACAGAAAUGA